AUGUCCCUCUACUCUGCAGAGGACAUCCUAGAAUGGUUGCAUCACGCUCAAGCCGAAUUUCUAACGGCUCUGGCUGAGGGCGACGACGCCCUCGCUCAAUUUCAAGCGCAGUGGGAUCGCGUCCGCGCCUGUGUUGACUGCGACCCAACCCUUCCUUCCUCCACUCUUGCACUAUCCCACGCCGUCGGCAUCAGCAUUGCGCAAAUUGCAGAAGUCAUGCUCGACCAGGAGGCUACUAACCAUACGAUCGAGGACGAGCUGACCAAGGAUCUGCUCGCUGGUUUGGAACGCCACGACGCGUCGUCCGCGCUGGCAGACGAGAAGACCGGCGCAGAACUUAGCGCUACGCCCCUGCCACCAUACAUCGAGCCCUGCUAUCGCUGGUUAGUCAAUCACCUCGACAACCCAUAUCCCACAAAAGCUAUCAAGGAGGAACUCUUGGAUCAAGCCCGACAGCGUACUUCCCCUGAUGUCGCACAGCACCUCGCUCUUGGUGACAUCGACAACUGGUUCAUUGCUGCCCGUGCACGGAUGGGUUGGGGUGACAUUAGACGUCGCCUAUUCGGCGGCAGCAGGUCGCUCAUGCUUCAAUCUACGCGCCUUAUGUGGGGAACCGAAGAGACCUCCAGGGAUUUCACGGACGGGUGCAUCGCAAAGCGUAAAGGGGCGCAACCGAAGCGCGAAGAAGUACAACCACACCUGCGUUCGUCACAUGACGUCGUAGCGUUCAAGAUCCCUCCCAAGGCAUCCCCUGCCUGCGAGGAGCCGUUACACCCUCAGUCGUUUGCCGCCCUUCAGCCCGACGUCGAAUUCGCCCUCGCUCACCUUGAAGUGAACGCGAAGGAGAUGUAUGGGCUUGAACCAACCGAACUCGCCGACUCCUUGAACUCCUCCGCUGUUGAUAGGCAAUUCGCAACCCAGGAUCUCGUCGCGUUCAGGGCGGCUCUUGAGGCGGCGACUGCUGCGAAGCAGCGGCAGGCGCGUCGCGAGCAACGUCGUGCCCAGAAGGACAGAAUGGACGCUCAGCGAAGAGCAGAGGAUCGCAAGUGCUACCCCAGCCCCGAGCCACUUUCAGCCGACGAAUUGUCUGGCACCGAGUCGGAUGAAGAUCUCGAUGACUUCUAUGCGUCAGACGACGCUUCGGACGAUGAAGACGACGACGGAGAGGACCUCGACACCCGCCCGUCCGACCUCAUGGCGCAGAUGUGUCCGCAGCUGGUAGCCACGGCCUUUUCAAAAGAUGGAUCCGCAACGGAGGACGAGGACUCGAAUAGCGAUGACACUGACGAGUCCACGGAUGACGAGGACGAAGACUCAGACAGUGAGAACGAUAGCGACAGCGAGGACGAGGAGGAAGAGGACGAGGAAGAAGAGGAGCCGGUGAAGAUCGCCGGCGCCAAGCGCGGUCGCAACGAUGACGAAGAAGUCUCGCCUCUAGCUAAGAAGCCUCGGAUCUUCUCGCCGCCAGUACGCCCGCGUCCGCAGGCCAUCCGUGUCUCUUUACCCUCCCCCGCCCCAUCAUCGAGAGGCUCGACGCCUACAUCGCCAGUUAGCCCAUCGCCCAAGGCUAAACGACCUGCUCAGGCGACGUCGCUUCUCGCGUCUCAUCCUAUGAAGAAACGCGAGAAGCUUCAGGAGGAGUUACGCAAGGCUGGGUUGGCUCCGCCUUCAGCUCCUGUACUUAUGGGUCCGGAUGGUGUCCCUCUUGGGACUGUACGCUCGCGUUCGUCGCCAAGUGUUAGCUCCCCCCCUUCGGUGUCGGUGUCUUUGCCCUUGCCUUCUCGCGGUGUUCCCAGCGGUGGCAUUAAGGUUACCGGUGACCCAACUCCGUGGGUCAACUGGGAUUUGGAGGCACAUACUCAAGCCCCCCGCGACCUCACCGCGGCUACAAAAUCUUCAGCGGGUUGUUCUGUCGACGCUGUUCCGUUGCCAGGCAAGUCGCGCUCGCUCACACGCUCGCCGUCCAUCAGCUCUAUAUCCUCCGCUUGCUCGACUUCGUCGUCGGGCUCGGAUACGGAUUCUUUGUUCUCAGUCACGUCCGACGCGACUGAUAUCACCGAACCGGACGAGGCGACCACUGCAGACGAAACAACGACACAGUCGACAAGCGCAAGCUCUUCGCGUGACACGACGUCUCAGCAGAAACGAAUGCCCCCGCUAUCUAUCGACCCUCGCUUCGACCCCGCGCUCUGGAGCAAGUACGAUCUAUCCCCUCCCGCGGACGGACGGCUCCAUCCUAGCGACGGCCUGAGGCCGAGCGCCUUUGUGCCCACGAAGCUGGACGUGCGCGUAGCCAAUCUUGCGCAGAACCCGGCUCGCCACUGGAGUGCUUCGAAGCGCUCUCCGACCCGCGCCAGCCACGCCGCUGCUCCCAUAGUGUCGUAUCACCACGCUACGGGCUCAAUAGCAUCCCCAGCUCAGGUCGCGUUCGGCGAAGGACAGCUUACCUCUGUACUCGCCACGGGGCAGAAGGCAGGGAACGCGCGUCGCAGGACCACACCCGUCCAGAGGCGUGUUACGCCGAAGGCGCAGGAGACGUCGGAGCCCUCCAGUCUAGUCGAUGGCAUUCUGAGCAGCGGCCUGGCCGACGUCUGUAGAGAGGCCCCGAAGCCUGCGAAGGCGCCGAAAAACGAUCGCCGCUAUCUUGAGCGUCGCGAGCGACGCCUCUCGAAGUCCAGUCCAGUCGACUCUGCUGAUACCGUACGCACCCGCCUCGCUGAGAUCGAGCAAGAAGCUGCUCGUCUCGAGGCGGAGCGCCAAUCCCUGCAACGCCUGGCCUCCGUCGGUGGCUAA